UUUUCAUUACAUCAAAUACAUGGACGUGUGCAUGUGAUGGUCUCUUAUAAAGACAUUAUAACCAUACUGUUAACAACAGUAUGUAACAUCGAGGGAGGAUGUCAUGUUAAUAACUGGCCGGAUUCAUGUGAGGCUAACUUUAGAAAAGGGCCAGAAAAAUGCGAACCGUGUGAGCCUGGUCGAUAUGGUUGUAACUGUUCUCAAACCUGUACCCCCGGUACCUUUGGUUUGAACUGCUACUUUACGUGUAACUGUUCUGAUGAUGAAGUCUGUGAUCCCAAAGUAGGAUGUACCUCCAUCAACGAAACCUCAGUAUUUACAACAGCCACGCCUUACAACACAGAAAAUUUGUCAGUACAUUCUAUCUUCCAUUCAGAGAGUUAUUCUACAAAUCUUCCAUUUGUAAGUUCAGACAAGAAAUCGAACAUACUGAACGAAGUAACAAUAUCUCUGUUGGUUUCCUCCGCAGCAGUGGUUUUCUUCAGCGUUUUGUGUGCUUUUAUUCUAAUAAGAUUGAGUAAAAGGAUUUACAAACGUGAAUAUAGAAAACUUUUAAACAACUUACAUUUGACUGGCAUGAGGAGUGAGGAUGAAAAUAUAUAUAGUGAGUACAAUUAUACAGAUUCCAGUAUGUUAAACACGAGAAUUUGUACUUCUACCGAUGGAGAUGUAUCAUAUGACCACUCUGUUAAAGAAAACUAUAACAUUCUUUCACUCAGAAGUAGGACAUCGAGAGUGAAUCAGUAUGACGUAGAGAGUAUUUCUACGUCGCCAUCAUUACAUUCAAUUACUUCUCAGCAACUUUUGGAUGUAAAUGAGGCGGACUUUGUGUUGGAACCAGAAUGUUUGAUAAAUUUAUUCCAGGAGAAUCAUGUUCAACAAGCGGAUACCAGCCGUGAGGAGGAAAAAAAUACAUUGAUACUUCACUUGAGUUGGACAAAUUCCAGACAAACAGCUGGUGAUUUGAAAGGCAAAAUAAACGCUGCGGAAAUUUAUAUUUUCUCGAAGUUUUUACCGGAGAUGGUCCCUUAUGUCUUAACGACAGUCCUUGUUAAACUGUUACAGUCUGUAGAUGGAGGGUGUCAUGUAAACAAUUGGCCAGAUUCAUGUGAAGCCAACUUCAGGAAAGGACCUGAAAAAUGCGAGCCAUGUGAGCCUGGUCGAUAUGGUUGUAACUGUUCUCAAACCUGUACCCCCGGUACCUUUGGUUUGAACUGCUACUUUACAUGUAACUGUUCUGAUGAUGAAGUCUGUGAUCCCAAAGUAGGAUGUACCUCCAUCAACGAAACCUCAGUAUUUACAACAGCCAGGCCUAACAACACAGAUACACCUGAAGCAUCGUCAAAGUUCCAUCUAUUCUCUCCAAAUUUGACGCCAAACUUCGAGACACCAGAGGACCCUCUAUCAUUUCUAAGCACGGUCAUCAUCAUUCUAGUUGCGUCACUUGUGCUGGUGGUUGCCAUAAGUAUUUCCUGCAUCUGCUUUAUAAUAAAACGGACAUCAAAAACCGCCUUUAAAGAAAUAAUCGGCACAAAAAGCGGUGAACAUUCAUCAGGACCUGCGGAUGAAAAUCCAGAUUCUCAUUCUUAUUUAACAAUCAGUGAUCGAUCCUCUCGGUUGUAUGCUGAUGUACAUUAUGACGAAGCCAUGGACAGAAAAAGUUCUCCUUCAGGAUCCUUAAAUUACAAGGGAAGCAACUCAAGUACCAUCACGGACAGUAGUAAAAGAUCCGAUGAUUAUUUAACACCAACUGGAAAAGUUGUUGAUGAAAAAUUAUCUAGUAGUCAAUUAUCUGGAGAGGAUAAUGUAGAACACGCAUUAGUGGAAACCUGUAUUUAAAUAAAUGAACUUUGCAACUUAAAAUGAUUAUAGAAUGCAUAUUAAUAAAAUAACAAUGCAGGUAAUUCCAUCACUGGAACGUUAGAGGCAUCUAGCCGUAUCUUAAAUCUUGUUUUAUAAUUUGUAUUAGUUUUAACUUUUUCAAAAAAUCUGUAAUUUGAUACCCAAAUCAAAAGAUUUUUUUGGAAAAGAUGUGAACAAUAUCAAACUUGCAAUUUAGUGUAUUUUCAU